AAAUAUAACAUUGCAUUUCAUGUCAGGCUCAGGGGCGGAUAAAAUGUAAGACCUACCCUUAAGGGUACAGCCUAACCAGCUAGUGGUUCUACCUUUAUAUUUAACAUGAUAUUCAGUGUUCAUAUUACUAACAUGCAACGAGGCUUAUUCUGUUCAACUUUAACUUUAUUGUUUUCAUUAUCAUUGGUUAAAACAUCACCAUAACUGUCCACUAAUUUAUUUAAACCCCACUGUAUGUUGUAAUAUGGUAUGUCAACGAUAGGCUAAUAGCUAGCAUAUAAGUAAUAUUUUAUUAAAUUGACCUGCAUAAUCACAAAGCCGGUGACGGGGUGGAUCGUUUCCACUGUCUACAUUGGCAUAUCGGAAUCAGAUAAAUGUGACUCCUGAGAGAUUUAACUUCCAAUAUAAUUGUGGAGACACUUUGAGGAAUUGAUUCAAACGUAGAGCACAAAUUAAAGUUGAAUCAACAGCAACGUCUCCGUGAGAUCCCUCCGCCUAAUUGACUCUCAGUGUGAGCCGCUGCACCUGUCUCCACGCUGCUUGUCCCUCCGCCGCCGCUGGCCGCAUCAUCUCCUCCCGCAGAGCCGAGUGGAGCAGCAGUGUUUCUCCCCUCCAGCCUCUGCUUUAUGUGUGUGACGGCUUCUCAAACCCGGCGGGGAUAUUUCAUCGAUGCUCUCUACCUAAUGUGACAAUUUUAUACAACUGCUUGAAAUACCUGCUGAAGCAAUGGGAGCCUUUGGAGUGAUAAUAGGGAUUUUACAGUAUGCGGGAGUUUAUAUUCAACUUAACGCGGCUCUCAACGCCGGACACGGAGAGGUGGAUAAUCACAUCUCUGGAAAUGCUCUCUUUACAGAGGUGCCACACGACAUCACGACACGGAGCGGUGAGGACGUGGAGAUGGCUUGUUCCUUCCGUGGGGCGGGCUCUCCCUCCUACUCCCUGGAGAUCCAGUGGUGGUACAUCAAGGACCACAGAGACUGGCAAGAGAAACCUGGGCAGAUCACUAAUAGUGUUGUACCCCUGGAGGAAACAUCCAAAGAUGCCACCAAAAUUAGUGUUGUAAAAGUGGCCGGCAGCAACAUCUCCCACAAGCUCCGCCUCUCCAGCGUCAAGCCGUCAGACGAGGGCACGUACGAGUGUCGUGUCAUUGACUUCAGCGGCACCGUGGCGCAGCACCACCGUGUUCGCGCCUACCUCCAGGUAGAGCCUGAGAGGAGUCAGCGGUCGGAUGACGUGAAGCUGCAGGACCCGGGGUAUCUGUCACAGGGCGACCAUCCGCACCCCCAUCACCAAGCAGAGGGACGGGAUCUGAAGAGGAGGUCAGCUGGCAGCAGCACUGACUGUAAUGAGAGCUGUGUACUGUAGAGUGGGCAGAGUCUGUCUGUCUGUCUGCAUGUUCACGACUUUUCUCGAAAGAUGGACGUCAUCCACACGCACGUCACCACAGAGUAGAGGCGUCAGACAUAACCGGACCCCCUGUGUUUCCCGGUUUGUUUGUCUAUCAUUGUUAUUGCUGUUUGGAUGCUAUUGAAUGCAAAGAAAGGGCACGAUUUUAUUGACACUACAUACAGUUGUGUUCUCUUUGUUGCUUUGUUUGUGUACGUUUGCGUUAAUGUGACAUUAAGGCUGUUUUUUUGUUAUUUUAUCUGAGCAGGACUCUUACAGUAGCCGAGCACCCAGAACUUUUUCUCACAGAGUAACCGUACACGGCAGUGGAGUGUCAGGAUGGAUAUCAUAAAUAAUAAUUCACUGAUACAGACACAGAACAGAACAUUUCCUCUGCAAUGUGCCAACUCUACUGUCUUUUACCAUAAGAUAUACCAAAAACUGCAGUAUUUCGAUGUAAAUGCUUUCUAAUGAGUAAAAAAAAGCCUUUUUCAUUCAUCUGAAGACUUUUCAAAUUGCGUUGUUUCCUUCAUGAAAUCUUUGUUUAAAUGCUAUCUGUAUUGUAGCUUUCUCCACCACAGCAGCAUUUGUCAGAAUAAAAAAUGUAUGAAUUUAUCACAUAAAGAUAAUAUAGAAAUUCUUGUGUAUAUUCACACUAGACUUUUACUGCUAUCAUUUAAGUUUAAUCUGUGCUACUUAAUCAAAUGACUCAAUACACAACUACGGUAUACUUAUCACUCC